AUGAGUAUGACACGUGGAGCCGCAGCCAGAGUAACGGAGCAGCAUACUCUAUAUUUAAAUAAACCAUCUGAUGUGGAAUUUUUCGAAAAACUACGAAAGAGUAAGUACUCGGUGUUUUUAACGUCCUAUUAUGAUAAAGACCCGUCUGAGCUCGAUCCCUCUAACCAUAAGAUCAAUCUUUAUAUUUUAAAGUUCACUGUAUACCGUGGAAUGAACUCCAAAGGCUUGUGGAAGAGGAGGGUGAUCCCGAAUUUCUCUAGAAUAAUUACCAAAUAUCCAGCCCGCUGCUUGGGAGAUCUUCACAUGUUUAAUGACGACAGACUGAAGCCCAAUGCCGUUCGUGUCGAAUAUGUCCCAAACCUGCAGCCGAUAGACCUGUCAAACUCUUCAGAAAGACGCCUGGCUAAAGUUCUCCAUGGUGAUUCGAAGCCCCGCAAUAUGAUGGCCUCGUUGGAGGACUACGAAAGGAUACUCUGGAUGGAUUUUAAUCCUGCGCUAAUAUUUUCAGAUCAUGAUCUAUCACCCCGGCAAGAAAGAUGGAUUGCAGAUGAGGUGGAGAUGAUAGACUAUUAG